AUAGUUGACCGAAACGUUAUGUCGUUUUAUUUUCACUCGAGGAGUGAGUCGAGAGAUAUUACUAUCCUUGAAACGGUUAAAGAUAUCCUCUGAGAGAAUUCGUUUAAACAAGGACCCAAACAUGUUCUUUCUUUUACCCAUCGUUCGUAAUCUUCGUAUGAUCGAGAGAAGAAAAAAAAAAAAAAAAAAAAAAAAUAUUCCCAGGAAAAGAGCAGUGAGGAAUCACUCUUCUAAACGAGAAGGCAGUGUUGGAUCCGAUUCAUCUUCAUCGUUAUCGCGUGAACUGAUAGACCUUACCUGGAGUUUGAUAAUGGGAGGAGAGACAGCUGCAGCUGCAGACUCAGAACAUCGGAUGAUGAUUGGUUUUGCAGAUUCCAUGAAGAUUGAUCCCAGAAGGGACAGGUUUCCAUGCUGCAUUGUCUGGACACCUCUACCCUUAAUUUCGUGGUUGGUUCCCUUCAUUGGCCAUGUGGGUAUUUGCAGAGAAGACGGUGUCAUCCUCGACUUUGCAGGACCUAAUUUUGUUUGUGUUGAUAAUUUCGCUUUUGGAUCUGUUUCUCGAUAUAUUCAAAUCAAAACGGAAAAGGAUCCUUCUUGUUCUUCCGGCUCAUGUAUGUUCAAUGGUGAGAGCAGAUAUGGGCAAGAAGAAGAGAGUCAUGAGAAAGAGCCAACAUGGGAUGGUGCACUGAGAAAAGGCACACAAGAGUACCAACACCACUCAUAUAACAUAUUCACAUGCAACUGUCAUUCUUUUGUUGCCAACAACCUGAACCGUCUAGGGGAAAGGUCGGGCGGGUGGAACGUGGUGAAUCUCGCGGCACUUGUUUUCUUUAAGGGACGUUGGGUGAGCAAAGCGGCUGUAGUAAAGUCCUUGUUGCCUCCGGUCAUAGUCUAUACUCUAGGAAUCUUUCUUGGUGGUUGGACUUUCAUAGCUUCCUGCUCUAUUGUAGCGGUUUUGCUUCUUGGUUGGUUCAUCAUUGGAACCUAUUGUUUCAAGAAACUGAUCCAGCUGUAGAUUUGGAUUUAUUUAAGUAUCUGGUUAGAGAGUUAUGAAUGAUGUUGAAGAAAUGGGGUUUGAAUGUGUGAACUUUUUGUCGGAAUGGGACGGAACUAAGGCUGGUUGUGUACAGACAACUCAUGUCUACAGAAUAUUUUUUUACUUGCAAUUUUC